AUGUCGAAUCACGGUUCCGGCAAUAGGAACCAAGAAGGUUCCCUAUACGUUCCUACCACUGGAGGUGGAAAGGACAAACCGGAACAUAUUCACGUCGCCCAUAGGAGAUCUCAAAGUGAAUUGACCAAUUUGAUGGUUGAGCAGUUUACUUUGCAAAAACAACUAGAGAUGGUGCAGGCCAAGCAACAACAGCUGUGGAUUCACCAGCAACAAUUGGCCCAACAGACGGGGCAAUUUGGUAACUCGGGGAACAGCAACCCUCAGGGGAACCCAAACUUCUUGCCACCCCAUCCUCAUUUCAAUAAAGGUGCUGGUAAUAGUUCUAGUGGAGGUUCUUCCGGUAACUCCCCCGGUUAUAGAAGCAGAUCGCAUUCUCGAAACAAUUCUGGAUACUAUGACAGCGGUAGCGGUAAUAAUAGCAGUACCCCUUACGGCCAUAAGAAGACCAAUUCGCAAUCAAGUGGAUUCGGACACGCUAGAAGGCAUUCACUGGGUUUGAACGAGGCAAAGAAGGCAGCAGCUGAAGAGCAGGCAAAGAGGGUUGCUGGUAACGUGACCGUCAAGAUCGAUACUACUUCUCCUACCAUUGGUAGUAAUGAGGGUUCUGAGCAAGAGAAUUUUGCCUCACCUAACGCCUACAAGUUUCCAGCACAGGGUCAGGGACACCGUCGCACGAACUCGUCGAGUCAAUCGUCUUCUUUCAGAUUCCCACCUCCACAGUCCCAAUACAGUCAAAAGGAAAACGACAAUGACGGUGAUGAUUUCACUCCAACUUCAACGGGUCAUCGUCGCUCAAGAUCAAGAAAUACCGAAUUUUCCCCUGGUAUCAAUUCCAAUUGGAGGAACCAAUCUCAAUCUCAAAAUCAGGUCCAAGGUCAACAGCCAUCUCCUUUUCACCAUAGGACAUCUAAUUCUAGGGAUUUUAGUGUAAACUCGUUCAAUAAUUUGGAACCUCCAGCUGUUUUCCAAGCAGGUCAUAAGCACAGGGGCUCUAACGCUUCUGUUCACAGUUUUAACUCACAAAGUAACAAUGGAAAUCCUAAUGCCAGAAAAUCGUUGUUCGCGCCAUAUUUGCCUCAGGCUAAUAUUCCCGAACUGAUUCAAGAGGGCAGACUGGUCGCUGGUAUUCUACGUGUUAACAAGAAGAACAGAUCUGAUGCUUGGGUUUCUACUGAAGGUGUACUGGAUGCCGAUAUCUAUAUCUGUGGUUCCAAGGACCGUAAUAGAGCUUUGGAAGGUGAUUUGGUUGCAGUUGAGCUGUUGGUUGUCGAUGACGUUUGGGACUCCAAGAAGGAGAAGGAGGAGAAAAAGAGAAGAAAGGAUGCGUCAAGUCAACAUGAAAACAUUCCUUUGAACAGUAACGAUGACUACCACAACGACGCCAGUGCAACAGCUACUACUACCACUUUAGGAUCUUCGCCAUCCUCAUCCUCCGGAGGUGAUGACACAACAAUUGCUGGUGGAAAAUCAUCUGGUGACAAUGAUGAGCAAUCACCAACCAAGCAAGGAGUAAGGAGAAAGAAUUCCUUGAAGCAACGGCCAACUCAAAAGAAGAAUGAUGACGUCGAAGUGGAGGGCCAGUCGUUGUUGCUAGUUGAAGAAGAAGAGAUCAAUGAUGAUUUCAAACCACUAUAUGCAGGACACGUCAUUGCUGUUCUGGAUCGUAUUCCGGGUCAACUAUUCAGUGGAACUCUUGGAUUAUUGAGACCAUCUCAACAGUCUCAUAACGACAACAAUAAGCCACAACAAGCUCCCAAGAUUGUUUGGUUCAAGCCGACCGACAAGAAAGUUCCAUUAAUUGCUAUUCCAACUGAAUUGGCUCCAAAAGAUUUUGUGGAAAACGCUGAUAAAUAUGCUGAUAAACUGUUCGUUGCCUCCAUCAAACGUUGGCCCAUUACCUCAUUGCAUCCUUUCGGGAUCUUGGUUUCUGAGCUAGGUGAAAUUAGUGAUCCAAAUACAGAGAUAGAUUCCAUUCUUAGAGACAGUAAUUUUUUGUCGAACGAAUAUCUUGAUCCAAAGGAUCCUAAAUCUGAAAAAUCAACUUUCCAUUCUUUGCCGAUUGCCCAAGAAGAUCUCGAGUCAAGAAGACAGUUCACGGACCAAAACACCUAUGAUAUUUUAGCCAUUACAGAGUCCGCAAAUUACUGUGAUUUCGCUGUGCACAUCAAAAACAAUACUGACGACGCAGGGUCCAUCGAGCUUGGAUGUCACGUUGUCGAUGCAACUGCCUACAUCGAGGAGGAUUCUUCUUUGGAUAGACGAGCAAGAAAAAGAUCCACUGCCGUCUUCAUGCCUCAGAAGUUUGUCGAUCUUUUACCUCAAGCUUUAAACAAGUCUUUGACUUUAGCGCCUGGAAAGGAGUCUGCUUGUAUUUCCGUCGUUUAUACCCUUGAUGGGAAGACACUGAAGGUGAAAUCAACAUGGAUUGGAGAAUCCGUUGUACAGCCUUCCGGUACCAUUUCUGUUGAUGACUUGAGCUCAAAGAGUGCUGAGGCAAAUUCUAACCCGUCUGCAUACAUGUUGAAGAAUAUCGCAACAUCUUUUUAUGCGGAAAGGAUCAAUUUCCCAGCAGCUGAAUUAACGCCUUUCUUACCACUAGCAGCAAGUUUAGAUGAUGAAAAAGUAAAUGUGGAUCUCAACAUCUUAGACAGAUCUUUGGGUUCUAUCAUUGUUGGUGAGAUUAAGACCAAGCUGGAUAGCUCUGUGGCAGAGAAGAUUUACACAAAGUUAGGAGAUUCUACUUUUUUGAGAAGGCAGGUACAACCCGUUCAUACUAAGAUGGCUUCUUUCAAGAAGAAAGUUAAGAAAUUUGGUUUCGACAUUGACGUGAGUUCAGCUGAUACCUUGAUAAAAUCGAUCCUACAAAUCAAAAAUAACGAUGUGCGGACUGGUGUUGAGAUAUUGUUGUAUAAGACAAUGCCAAGAGCGAGAUAUUUCAUUGCUGGUAAAGUAGAUCCUGAUCAAUACGGUCACUACGCGCUAAACCUCCAACUGUACACCCAUUUCUCUGCACCACUAAGAAGGUAUGCAGAUCAUGUUGUUCACAGACAAUUGAAAAGCGUGCUCAAAGGGGUACCUUACAAUGAGGACCUUGAUUCCUUGAAAAUAACCUCCGAAUACUGUAACUUCAAGAAAGAUUGUGCGUCGCAGGCUCAGGAACAAGCUGUUCAUUUACAACUUUGUAAAACCAUAAACGACAUGGGUAACGCCACGGGCCAACUUUUGACAAUGGCUACAGUGCUGCAGGUUUACGAAUCUUCGUUUGAUGUCUUCAUCCCAGAGUUUGGAAUUGAAAAGAGGGUACACGGUGACCAACUACCAUUGAUCAAAGCAGAAUUCGACCCUGCCAACCGCGUGAUCGAAUUGCACUGGCAACCGGGCGUUGACAGUGCCACAUUUGUACCUGCUGAUGAAAAAAAUCCAAAAUCUUACAGAACCUCCAUCAAAAACAAGUAUAGAUCUAAGACGGCAGAAAUUGCUGCGAUCGAAUACAACAAAGGCCAAAAUGGAGAAUCACUGAUCAGCGACUCUUUGAGUGAUGAGCUUUCCAAGAUGAACUUAAAGGUUCCUAAGUUAAGACUGCCGGAAUUGAGCCGCAACAAAGAUCCUUUGGACAGUUUCUUGAGCACUGCGAUCACAAGGAAGAAGAAUGAUAACUGCAUACAGGAAGUGCACGAGCUGCAAAAGAUACCAGUACUACUAAGAGCAGAAGUGGGCAUGGCAUUGCCAUGUCUUUCUGUGCGGGCGCUUAACCCAUUUUUAAGGAGAGAAUGA